AUGGGUGAAAAGAGAAAGAAUAAUGGCUCAAAUGGCCAAGAUCGCAAGAAAAAAUAUAAACUUGCAAAUGGUAUUAUUGAUCCUUCAACUUCAGGAAUAUAUGCAACCUGCCUGAGACACCAUGAGAAACAAUGUCAAAAUGAAUUGAAGAAUUUAUUCCAGGACAAAUACCAAGAGUAUUACAAGGAUGUUGAGGCUGAAGAUGAUGAAGAAGAAGAGGAAGAGCUUUCAAUUGAAGAUGCGAUCAAGAAAGAACUUCAAGAAUUACAACAACCAAAAGAUACAACCAAAAAAGAACCAUUUCAGUUCAUAGAUCUUGGAUGUGAAUGUGUUGUCUUUUUUAAGACUAGAAAACCAGUUGACCCAGUGGACUUUGUUGAGAGAAUCUGUCAAGAAUCACACGAACACAGUAUCAAAAACACGAGACAUACACAAAAAUUAACACCAAUAACGUUUUCAGUUUCUGCAUCCAUGGAAGAAGUUACAAAAUUAGCAAAGAAAGUAUUAGCCCCACAUUUCCAUAAAGAAGAAGGUCAAGAACCUGUCAAAUUUGCAGUUAAAGUUAGUGCACGUAAUUUCAACACAAUUGACAAGAUGGAUAUCAUUCAAAAAGUUGCUGAAUGUGUUGGUAGAGAUUAUGGACAUAAAGUUGAUUUGAAAAACUAUGACAAGUUAGUUUUGGUUGAAUGUUUCAAGAACAACAUUGGGAUGAGUGUUGUGAGUAAUUAUGAUAAAUAUCAAAAAUUUAACUUGCAACAAAUCUUUGAAAAAGCUAAUGAAUCCAAAGCUAAGAAAGAGGAAGUUUCAUUAAAAAGCACAGAGGUCGAAGAAAAAACAAGUGAGUCCCCAGUUGAAGACCAAGACACCAAGGUCAAGAAAUUAGAAGACAGUACAGAGAAAUCAGCAGUUGAUGUAUAA